AUGAUCAUCCCUGUGCGGUGUUUCACCUGCGGCAAGGUGAUUGGCAACAAGUGGGACACUUACUUGGACCUUCUGCAGGCCGACUACACCGAAGGGGAGGCGCUCGAUGCGCUCAACCUGAACCGGUACUGCUGCCGGCGCAUGCUGAUGACCCACGUCGACCUGAUCGAGAAGCUUCUUAAUUACAACACCCUGGAGCGGGCGGGCGACCAGCAGCAAUGA